AUGUGGCAGGUCGAGGAGCUGGGUCCGGGUGUGGCUCUGGCGCUGCCGUACCGACGGCUCUGCAGGGUGGAGACUGUGGUGCACGCGGGCGGUGAGCCGGUCCUGGUCGUGGCUGUGGUCGAUGGUGUGCUGUAUGCCAUCGCCAACAAGUGCGCUCAUGGCAAGGGCCAACUCUCGCUCGGCGACAUCGAGGAUCUGGGCGAGCUAAAGUGCGAGGGCGGUGCACAUCCGGACGGAUCGAGCCGCGCAGGACUCUGCAUUCGCUGUCCCAAGCAUUACAACAAGUUUGGCAAAGGCCUCUACUUUGCCCUCGCUGACGGGCGGUCGUUUGUCCCGCAGCGCACUCGCAAGUACAAGGACUCGUACGCUGUCCGCGCUUUCCAUCUGGUCGUCCGCGACGACGGCUGGGUGUGGGCGGCGGAAAAGGUGGUGCCACCGCCCGAGGGGAUCAAGCGCGGAGUCAAGGGCGCUGCCGAUGGAGGCUUCUUGCCGUGGCGGGUGGUGGCUGUCGAUGCGCAUACCCACGACUCGGCGGUGUACUCGCUGGAGCCUGUCAAUGCCGACCGCAUCGGUGAGCUUCUUGCCCGGGCCAGCGACCACGUUGGAGAGGCGUGGCAUGUUGCCGUGGCAGCCGCUGAUGGCACGCUCCGCGACUACACACCACUCUCAUCAAUGACCGAGUUCAUGGCCGGCCAUCUGCGCAUCCUGGUCAAGAUCUACCCCGGCGGCACGGUGUCCGAGGGCGUGUUUGCCGCCGCUUCCAAGGGCACAGUCCUCGACAUCUCGCUCCCUGAAAACACGCUUGACCUACGUCGCCUGGCAUCAAAGCCGCACAAGAGCCAUCUGCUGUUGGUGGUGGGCGGGACAGGCGUGGCGCCGGCGCAUCAGCUCCUCGAUCACGCCGGCGGCUUUGCACGGGUCACCGUCCUCGUCUCGCAGCGGACCGUUGGUGAUCUUCUUGUCGCUGACGAGCUCGAGGCUCGUGCCGCUUCUGUUGGCCCGUCUUGCCGUGUUGUACACACCCUCACCGAUGAGCCUGGUGGCGCCGAUGUCUGGUCCGGGGCCCGCGGCCGGCUCGACUCCGGCUCGGUCCCUGAGCUCAUCGGCGAGCUCAACCCAGGCGAUCGCCUCCGUGCUGUGGUCUGCGGUCCACCAACGUUUGGCCCUGCCCUUGCUGCCGCUCUUGCUGAGAGUCUUGGUCUCCGCCGUAAGCACAUCGUCGUUCUGGACUCGUAA